AUGAGUGGAUCACUGGGCACCACGCCACGCGACGGCGCUCACCAGACAGGCGCUGGUAGGCGCAAGGAGGAGGGCAGCGGCCUGAUUGUGACACGCGGGUUGCAAGAGCUCCUCGAUAAUGAGCGCAAGCACCUCCGACCUAAAGCGUCAACACCCACCGCUGCAGCGGGUGGAAAGCCAAAAGCGAAGGGGCAACGCCGCAGCACUGGGCAGGUACCGAAAUUUAUUGUCUGUUACCUGUGCGGGCUGCAGUUCGGCACCGCCAGCAUUGACAUUCACCGACCCCAGUGCUACCUGAAGCGUCUGAUCGCCUGGGAACGGGGAGACCCUGCUGUCCGCGGCCCGAAACCGUUGAGCCCCGGGGAUCACGAAAGAAUGAUGAAGUCGCACAUGGCAAACGCGGAGGCGGCUGGUGGACUCCCCACAGGGAGGGGAUACCCCGGGGCCGGCCGCAUGGGUGGUGGCGGCGUUGGAAAGCAGGCAUCGUUGGGGGAGGUGGAGUUGUACAACCGGCUGCAGAUGGAUGCAUUCAAUGAAUUGUCGCUCGCGCCCUGCCUUAACUGCGGUCGCACGUUCUUACCAGAUCGCCUGCAGAUUCACCUGAGGAGUUGUAGGCCCGGAAAAACGUCAAAACGGGCCUCAGCGGCCGCUCACUCAGUGACUUCUGUGGCCACACCGUCGGUGGCGGAUACGAGCGCCGCCCCCGCCUUGGUGAAGCCCCGACCAGCUCGUACGGCAGUCGCAUACAAGGUGCCUGCAAGCGCCGGUGCCGAUGACGUGUCGCCUAGUGCGGCGCCGUCUCACAAGCCGUCAAGCAACACCAUGUCGAGACGCAACUUCCCCGAGGAGGAGGAGGAGGGCUCCGAUGGUAGGGAUUCACUUACGAAUGGGUCGCCGCCGCAGAAUCCGGGGCACGCCAAGAGCGCAUUGAAAAUUCACGUUCUCGCUGUUCACGCCCCGAGCAAUGCAGCUGCCGUGGCCAAGGUCCAGGACAGCGAUGAAAGCGUGGUGAGGAUAGAGGUGGAUGUGGAGGACACGGAUCCGCCCUCGCCGUUUGCAGACACUGAGCGGCGUCUCUCCCCCGUCGUGAUGGAGGUUGCUGAACCGAAUAUGCUUGGUUCAUUGGUGCUGAGCCGACCAGCUUCGAUGGAGCCGAGCGCGGUGCUGUCGCUGCCCUCCUCGUCCUCGGGCGCAGACAAGCACGCGAACAGCAACGGCAACAAUGGCGGCAAUUACUCACCUUCCUCAGAGAGCAAGCCGCAUUCUCUCGCGGCUGACAGUCGACCAUGCGUGCACGAGACGCCUAGCGACCCAAGCACCACUGGAAUGCCUGAGGUGAUAGAGGCGAAGCAGGCGGAAGAUUCCUCCGGGGAGCACCUGCACGACACACACGUCGAGGAUGACGCUGCUGUGCGAGACGACCCCAGCAGCGGCGUGGAGGGGGAGCGGAACAGCGCGAAAACGAUUAAGCUGAACAACGUUUCCCACUUCAAGAAGGUUCCGUCGCGGCUGAAGCUGCAGCGCCAAUUGGCGGAGGUGAAGUUUGUGCCUUGUACGUACUGCGGGCGUACGUUUGUGCCGGAGCGGGUGCAGAGGCACGAGGAUUGUUGCAUCGACCGGAACAAACCUUUGGCAGCGCGGAAGAGCGAGGCACUGCUCGCGCAGCCGAGCACCGGUGCUGCAACACCAAAGCGUCCGAAGCCGACACCGGCAGCUCCGGUUGGUGUGGGCUCUGCGAUGGGCAAAGCGAAGUUUUGUGGGGGCUGCGGCAACAAGGUUUCUACACCGGAUCAGAAGUUCUGCACCGAGUGCGGGCACAAGCUGUGA